CUAAUUGGUCAAAAGGUCUAAUUAGUCAUAAAGCUGCUUCCACGAUCAGACUAUGAACAGACGUAGACAGUCAAGCUGAAGUGUUAGGCGAUGGCUGGUCCAGUGAGACACAUUGUGCUAUUUGUAGGGCUGCUCUCUGUCUGCGUGUGUCUGCUUGUCCUGAGGGUACACCUGUCCACAGAUCUAGAUGUGAUCCAUGUGGAACAUGCAGUAUUAAUGAAUGAGAGGAAGAUUCAAGGCAUGAAUGAAGACGUUUACGAGCAGUCUGAAUCAAACCGACUAAAGGCCAGAAUAGAGGUCCAACGUAAGCUGGUGGAUGAGUACUGUGCCCGCCACCCUACCCUGGGCUCAAGGCUCCACCUACCCAGCGACCAGGAGCAGAGGGAGCUGCUGUAUCGACACUUGUUGUACGACGACCUCAGAGAUAUCAUGUUCUGUUUCGUGGAGAAAAUUGGAUGCACGGACAUGAAGCGAUUCAUGUUCAUUGCUGCUGGAGUGUUACCUGAAAAAACAGCCAGUCAUGAGUGGGUGGAUCUUAAGUAUCUGGAGAAGGGAAUAAAGAGAGCCUCUCUACUUAACAAAAACCUCACCGAUUUCAAAAGAAUUGAGAAGGUACGAGAAUACUUCAAGUUCACUAUUCUACGCCACCCUUUGGAACGAUUAGUGUCUGGAUUCAGAAACAAGCUGGAGCCUCCGCUAGUCGGACAGUCAGGGAAGUUCAAUCUAAUUAAGCAAGACAUCCUCCAGAAACAUCGAAAUAAGGAAUAUCAGGAAUGGCUCAAAAGUGAUGACAGCUAUCAUAUAGCGGUUCAAUUCUCUGAGUUUAUUGACUAUUUUAUAGAAAUCAACAAAAACACUGUAAACCCACAUUUCAAACCAUACAUCAAUACUUGUCAUCCCUGUACAAUACGCUACGAUUUCUAUGGCAACUUUCGUAACUUUGGAUCCGAUAUUCAAUCUAUAGCCGAAAUGUUUGGACUGAGUUUCACCUGGUAUAGAAAUAAGAGUCUACACAGCACAUCACAAGAAACGAGGGCAUUAUCAAAAACUUAUUUUGAUCAGCUCAGUCGAGAUCCGAAAUUGAAAUUGUUAGAAGUUCUCAAGGACGACCUAGACUUUUACUAUCAUCUAUACCCUGACGAGAGGCAUGUUCAAGAAGAGUUCUUAAAUCUACAGGUAUGACUUGAAUGUUUUUAUUUCAUGUUUCUCCGUCUCAAUGUUAA